GUUGGACAAUUAGUUAAUUUGAUACAAUACCAAAGCAAGAAUAAUCGAAAAACAACUAUACCACCGCAUACUAAUAAGUAAGACAUAACAGAUAACCAAAUUCUUGAAUCUUAAAACAAAUUUCAACUCGAGCAUUUAGUGAAUAUCAAAUUAACUAAUAUCCCGCCCGUAGGGCGGGACGACCCUAGUUAAGAGUAUUUUGAAGUAAUUGAACAAAAUACUUCCAAAUCUAGUGGUAAAAAUAUUACUAAAAUUUAUAUUACAUAGGAGUUUAGAAAUUAUGAUAGAUAUCCAAAACACUUUACUGAAUUGAAAUCAUAAGAAAUAGAAAACUAUUGGUUUGUAUGUGUAAAAAAAUUAUUUAACAUAUAACAAACUAUUUUGGGCUUAUAUUUUAUAAAAAGAAAGUUAUUGCUGGGAUACAAAUUACUCAAAAAAAUCUUGAAUUUAUUGUUGACUUUUCCGCUAGUCAAGGAAUAAAGAAUUGAUUUGGAAACAAUUCAUAGAUAAUAUAUUACUAGGUAUUUUGUCCGCACAUGCAGGGGCAUAAUCAUCUUACGAAUACUUAUUAUUCUAUAUCUUAUUAGUCUAAAAAUCAGCAUUAUAAAACUCUAAUUGGUGAACAUAUUGAAGUAAAAAAAUUAUGGUGAAUUUUUUGUUCCUCAUAAUUUAUACCAGUUAUGUUGAAAUUUUAGUCUAAUUAUUGAAAGGUAGAUCUCACUUUUUCCUUCUAAAUUCUCAAUGGAAGAAUGAAUUUAUAAGAAAAAAAUUCACUAUGCAAUUUUGAUAAGGAACAAACUGAACAAAAAUCCAUUUUUUUUUCAAUUCCUGAAAUGAAAUUUUACUUUUUAUUUUGUUCAUUUUUUUCAUUCUUCUAGUGCUCACCAACUGAAGCUAUAGUGUUUCACGGAUUAAACUUAAACUCAUUUAAAGUAAAAGCAAGAAAAAUUAUUUUGAACUCAGUCACAAGUUAAGUUAUAAUUUAUGAUUUUAAAUAGUUAAAUCAAACAUCAAAUUAUUUAUAUAUGUCAAAAAAACAUUCACCAAACUAUGUAUUUAUUGUUGUAUUAAAAGUCUUAAAACACUCAUAUAUUAGAAAUAGUUUAGAAAAUAUCUUUAUAUAAAUUUUUUGUUUGACUAAUAUUAAAUUAUAAACUGUUUUAUAUCUUAGUUUUUUAACUUUAUAAUAAAAAUAUUGUUUUCAGAUAGCAGCACAAUAUAUAUAUAUAUAUAUAAGAUUUAUCUUAAUUUUUAAAUAUAUUUUCACAAUUUUAUUAUAUUUGUUAAUAAUUAAUUAUUUAAUAUAACAUAGAAAUUUAAUAUUAUGAAAAUAAAAUGUGUGUUUUAUUAUAUAUAAAAUUCAUUACGGGUUUUGUGAAAAUUAAUAAAUACUCAGUUAAAUACUAAUAAUAAAUCAAUGACCUAUAUAAAAGCUUAUACCCUAACAUUACAAGAAAACGUAGCAGUAACAACAGCGGUUUACGACGAAAUUAUUUCCUCAUAAAUUUGCAUGGGCUUACAACGCAAUUACGACGAGACAUUAUUUCGUUGUAAACUCCAUGGUAAUUUACGAGGAAAAGAUUUCGUCGUAAAGUCAAUGUAAGUUUAUGACGAAAGUACGUGGAAAGCGAAAUAGUUGUAAACGUUACAUCAACAUUACAACGAAUCAUGUUACCGUUAUAUUUAGGUGAAAACGUGUAUUCAAUGUGCUUUAACUUACCUAAAUUCGUUGUAAAGUCGUUGUAAAUGUUCCAUGUAAAAUCCAUGUAAAACUUUCCUUGUAAAAUUGUUGUUAUAUUUCUCUAUAUAUAUUUCGUACGUUCAAAGAAGAAGUCAUCGAACAACUUCAUCAUAACAUUCCGAUCAUAUUGUGCAACCUGGAGAAAAUAUUUCCUCCUUCAUUUUUUGACGUCAUGGAGCAUCUAGUUGUCCACCUACCGUAUGAAGCAUUGCUUCGUGGACCUGUUCACAACGGAUGGAUGUAUCCGUAUGAGCGACAGAUGAAACAUUUGAAGGGGAAAGCAAGAAAUCUUGCAAAGGUAGAAGGUUCAAUAGUUGCGGGGAGUUUGACAGCCGAAACAUCUAACUUCACAUCAUACUACUUUGCUCCAACUGUUCGUACAAGAAAAAGAGUUCCUAGGAGAUAUGAUGAUGGUGGAGUACCGACAUCAUAUCCAAUUGAUGGUGUUCCUGACAUUUUCUGCGAAAUUGGACGGUUUGGUGGUAAAACGAAAGAAGUAUGGUGGUCAUGUGAAGAAGAUAAACAUAGUGCCCACACUUAUAUUCUGCUCAACUGCGAAGAUGCAAUGACCCGUUACUUUGAAAGGUAAAUAUUUUUGUGAAUGUUAAUUAUAUGAAUUGAAGUUAAUUAUGUAUGAUUUGAUUAUUUGUUCAAUUUGCAGGAUGUUUGUAUCUCAAGUUGAAGAAGCAAUACCAGGAAUAUCUGCAACUGAUGUGGAUACACGUAAAGAUAAGCACUUUGUCAAGUGGUUAAAAUCACAUGUAAUAUAUGUCAUACUAUUAUAUUAAUUAAGUAAGUGUUUAAGAAUAUAUAUAUGCUUUUUGCAGGUUGAUUAUGACGAUCCUUAUUAUCCCGUAUGGUUUCACGAAUUGGUUCAAGGUCCAGUUGCAAAGGUCACCACAUCACCUAUGUAUUUCACACGAGGAUUUACCUUUCACACAUACGAGUAUGGGAGACAUUGGGCAACGAGUAACUAUGGAAUAUGUGUGAAAGGUGAAACAGACUUUUAUGGGAUAUUGCAGGAGAUUAUUGAAGUGGAAUUUCCGGGGUUAUUGAAGCUAAAAUGCGUCCUCUUAUCCUGUUGUGAACCGAGGGAUUCGGUAUAACAAAUUUGGUGUUGUGGAUGUCAAUUUUGGGAGAAGAUACAAAAAAUUUGAGCCUUUCAUUUUAGCUUCACAAGCCGAGCAAGUUAGCUUCCUUCCUUAUCCUCGGCUUCAAACUUUCGGGAUAAACUGGGUAACUGCUAUCAAAAUUACACCUCGUGGACGCAUUGUCGUUGGAGAAGAACCGCCCUUGUAAGAAGAAGACUCUAUCACUGAAGUUGAGGUACGAGAACAACCAACUGAUGAAAUCCUUUUGAUCGACCCGCAAAACUUUCAAUAUGAAGAUAUUCCCGAAAAUGCGACAGAUGAAGCACGUGAAGACGAGUUCGAGAGAAGCGACGAUGAUGAUUGUAAUGAUAGUGAUGAGAACAAAAACGAUUUAGAGUGAUGUAAUAGUGACGAGAACGAAAACGAUUUAGAGUGAUGUAAUAUAUGUAUCAAAUGUUGGAUUUCUCUAUUGUAACGUAUGUUAAAAGAAAGAGUAAGAAGUAGUAUCAAAUAAGAUAUGAUGUUAGAUGAUAUGUGACUUUGGGGUUUAGGGAUUUCAUUCUCGGUGUUUAGGGUUAAGCGUCGUAAAAUCGAUGUAAAAAUAACACGGAAGACGUAAUUUCGUCGUAAAUGGAAAAACGCGGGCCUGGUAAUUUCGUCGUAAAUCGAAAAACACGGGCCUGGUAAUUUCGUCGUAAAUGAAAAAACAUGGGCCUGGUAAAUUCGUCGUAAAUGGAAAAACGCGGGCCUGGUAAAUUCGUCGUAAAUUUACGUCACUUUUACGACGAAUCCUAAUCUAUAUAAGGAGACGCCGAGAGCGAGGCUGCCUCGCUCAUUCCUCCCAAUUUCCUUUGCUCUCUCUAAGGUAAACUCUCUCUUCUCUCUCUCUUUUUUUUUUUAAAUUAGUUUAGGUGAUUAGUUAGGUAACAGAAUUAGUUUAGGUGAUUAGUUAGGUAACGAAAUUAGUUUAGGUGAUUAGUUAGGUAACGGAAUAAUAUUUUAAUUAUGUCGUAAUUGAUUAAAUUUAUUUUAAUUAUUUUUAGAUGGCUCCUAGAAGAAAAUCAGCAGCACCUAGUUAUAGAGAUUUGUUUGGCGACGAUGGUUCCGGUACAUCUUCUUCCGGUCCAUCGUCUUCCGGUCCAUCAUCCUCCACCGCAGUUCCAGACUCUCAGCCUUCUCAGAGAGUUGCUUGGAGUACUCCUCCACCGAUGCCUCCACCGCAGAUGCCUCCACCUCUUCCUCUAGCGGCUGCACCUCAGCCUAUCCCAGAAGGUGCAGUUCAUCCGGAUCUGCGUGUGCCUUCAUAUGCCCCAUUCGCGAGAUAUACGGUGGAGGAUUUGCUUGCCCAGCCUGGACGGGAGUGUUUGGAUGUUCUAGACCCCGAUAACCCCCAGGAACUUAUUGGUAAGUUAUAAAUAUUUAUUACAUUAAAAUUUAAAUUAUUUUUAUUUUCUAACGGUUAAAUUGUUUUCCUUUCAGGUUUGGGCCUAACAACCGUGUUGGCCGGAGCGUUUCGAAAACGAUUAAGGGUUACUACGACGGGGCAUAUCCAAACUGGAACAAGACUCCAAAUCACGUUAAGAUCACUUGGUUUAAAAUGUUUGCGGUAAGAUUUUUAAAUUUAAUUAAAUUUUCACUUUUAAAUAUGUAUAUAUUUUUUAAAUAUUAUUAUUAAUUGUAAUUUCUUCAAAAUUUUUAAUUGUGAUUCAGCAAAAGUGGCAUUGGUCUUUGGGAAUCACCGAGAUGGUGAAGGCGAAAUUCGUUGCAAAAGCAAAGGUCCGCCUCUGCAACACAGUCUCCGAUUGGAAGGACAAGUGGGAGCUCGACGGGUAUGAGGGAAAGCCCACUGAGCUCACGAAGGAUGUGUGGGAUGGCCUCAUCGCCUAUUGGAAGCACCCCUCUUCGAUCAAAAAGGCCAAUUCGUGCUCGGCUUCUCGAAGAACGAAGGAUAAAGAUGGUAAUUUGUCCAUGCUUCACAGAACCGACCAAAAACCACAUGCAGGCAUCCGUCUAGAAGUUGGAAGUUUUGUUUUAAAUAUUUAUUUUAAAAUAUUCAAUUAAUACAAUUUUUAAUUUUUUUUUUUUGUAGUUGGAGAAGACGGGAGUCUUACCAUCUCUGUCUGAUCUAUUCAAGAUGACUCACGCCACAUCCGACGGAGUUUUUGUGGAUCCGGCAUCUGAGAAACUCGCUCAAGCAGUGGCUACUCGGAUUGAAGAACGGGAGACUCAACUAACUCAGGAGUCUCCCGAUGGAUUACCCGUCACAUUGUCCACCGAAGAAGCCGACAUAAUCUUCGAAGAGCUGGCUCCUAGAAAGAAGGAACGAAUAGUCGGUAUAGGCUCUGUUAACGAAGUUGCAAGGGCAACUUCGUCAUACACUUCGAGACGGGAUGAAGAGACUUCUCAGAUGAAAGCUCGAAUGGAUAGCCAGCAGGUUCAUUUAGACUCUCUUGAGGAUUUGCUAGACGUGAUGGCCGUGGGAAACCCGGUUAUGCAGAGAAUGUUGAGUCAGAGAGGAGCCGCUCUUGGGUUGCCAGUACGAGAUCCCCAAGAGUCCGAUCCAACUCGUCAACAGCUGAGCAACCCCACCGACUACUUCGAUGAUAUGUAGUUUUUUUAUUAUUUCGGUUUGUAUUAAGAAUUUAAAUAUUAUGACUUUUAAAUGCUUUUUUUAAAUAUGUUUUUUUUAUUUUCAUAUUUCGUUUUAAAAUUAAAAUUAUUUAAAAUUCUGAAUUUAAAAUAAAUUCAAAUUUAUAUAUUUGAGGUUAAAAACAAUAUUCAAAAUAUAUUAUAAAACGAAACGUCGAUGUAGGCUCGACGUAAACAUUUACGACUAAUUACCGUCGAAAAUAUUUACGAGGCUUUUACAUCGAAAAUUUUACGUGUUCUUUACAUCGAAACCAUUACGUGGAGUUUACAUCGAAAAAUUUACGAGGGUGUUACAUCGAAAUGUUUACGUGUUUGUUACAACGAAAGUGUUUACGUCUGCUUUACAUCGAAUCCAUUACGUGGAGUUUACCAUGAAAUAUUACGUCUCGUUUACGACGAAUAUAUGCCCUGCACUUUACGAAGAAUAUAUUUCGUCGUAAAUUUAACAAGUCAUUUACGACGAAACGUCGGUUACGACGGGCGUUUUACGACGAAACGUGUUUCGAGGUUAAUUCGUCGUAACACCCCGUUUACAACGAAGUUACAAUGUAUAUUGCCCUCGUAAAAAAUAUGUUUUCUUGUAGUGUAAUUAAAUAUGAAAAAUAAGAAAAUAAGAGUUUUAAUAUAAUAUAUAGAUUUAAAUAUUAUUAAAUCAAAAUUCGUUUUUAAUUAUAUAUAAAAUUCAUUACAAAUAUUUUUUUAAAAAUUAAUAAAUUAGUGAUUCGGCUAAAAAUUAUUAAUAAAUCAAUGUGUAAGCUAAAACCUAAUAAAAAUAUGACAAAUAAGCAACAUUGACUAAAAUCAUGGAAAACAUAACAAAUAAGCAAAAUAAAAAUAAUCAUACAUCUAAUUACAUAUUUUAUAGUUAUAUUAUUUAAAAUUAAUAAAUUAAUAAAUUAAUGAUUCAGCUUAAACCUAAUUAAAACAUGACAAAUAAGCAAAAUUACCUAAAAUCAUGAAAAUCAUGACAAAUUAACUAAAUCACGUUAUAAAUAAUAGUAUAGAUAUAUUUAUAUAAAUAUAAUAGAUAGCGAUAAUUCAGGCUAUAGUUUCUAUAUUUUAUAGGUAUAAUAAAGAUUCUGACAUUGAUUAUAGGUUUGGAUAGACUAAUAAAAGAUAUUUUGUUUUGAUUCUGAACUUAUUGAUUUGGUUUGUUCAGAAAGAUUAAAAAAUCGAUUUGUAUAGAUGAUUUGAUUUCAUUCAUAAAGAAAAAAAAUAUGUAUCUAUCUCGGUUAUAGGUUACAAUAAUACGAUACCAAUUAGAACGUGAUUGAACAUUGGACUUGUGGAGAAAUAAUUAUUAAUAUAUGUAUGAUAGCAAUGAAGACUCGAAGUCAUGAUUUUUGUUUUAAAAAACUAAAGUUCUGUUUCAUUGCUCUGUUUACAGGUUCAUGAGCUAUAGGUGCUCAUAGGUGUUGAAGAAAGUUGUAGGUUUUAGUUUGGAGGAAAACGAUUUCAUUUUCCUGAGAUUUUUCAAACUGUAGUUUAGUUAAUAAAAAACAGAUUAUGUUCAAUUAAUUGUAGGUACGAAUUAGAAUUAGGAAAAUGUAUUUAUUAAUUGGAAAAGAUAACAUUAACUAAAGUAAAGAUUAUUUAUAGUUUCAGUAGCAUCACAGUAUAAAUAACUUGCAAAACUAAAGGUUAAUUUAUUUUUGUACUUCUAUUUUAAUAAUAUAGAUUAAAAUCAGAUUGAUGUUUUCAUCAGGUUAAAACAUUAAAAACCUGUUUAUACAAAAGAUUUUUGUUCCCAAAGUUUAGGAUAGCAUCAAACCAAGUUUUUGUUCCCAAAGUAGCACUCAAGGCUCAAAGUCACAAAAAUAGAUUUCAUUAAAGAGAUAAAUAUACACUUAUACCCUUUGGGUUAACUAAUCCAAACCUUAGGGUUUAGAGUUAAGGGGUGGGGUUUUGAAAUUAGGGUUUAAAAUUUUAU